GCCCUGAUCUCGAUACACGGAUGGUAAAAGUGGUUCGGCAUGAUUGCAACAAGCCGCCGCGAAUAACGACGAAGAACCAACGAGUUUCCCGGGAACAUGUUUAAUUAAGACAAUACACGUAUUUUCGUGAAAAGACGGGACAAUGGCGAGAAUAACCACAGAUCUGCAUUUGAAACUAUCUGAGUCAGCAGUUUCGAAUUUACAGAGUAAGAAGAUCUACACAGUCUUUGAUCUUAUGUCAGAAGAUUCUGAAAAGUUAAUGCAGUACUCAGGCCUAUCUUACCAGGAUAUAUUGGAUCUAAAGAACACGGUCACAAAGUUAUAUACCGGUAAAAUUCAUAAAGGACCAGAUUUACUGAAGGCUAGUUGCAAUGGUGUGACUAAAACUGGAAUUCAAAGUCUGGAUUAUUUACUGAGAGGAGGCCUGUAUGCAGGACAAAUACUCGAAGUGUGCGGAGUAUCCUCGUCCGGAAAAUCUCAGCUAUGUCAUACAGUUGCCGUUAACGUUGCUCAAAAUUCUGAUGGAAUCGUUCAUUACAUUGAUACAAAUGCAGAUUUUUCUGCUGCAAGAGCUCAGAUCAUCUUGGAGAAUAAAGGAUGCAGCGAGGAGAUGCAGGUUCUAGUACUGGAACGUAUAAGCGUGACACGAGUGAAAACAAUUCAGGAAGUACUGAGUUUGUUGCAUAGCUUUCAGUGGACCAAUACGAAGCUAGUAAUAAUCGACUCCUUACCAGCUCUAUUCUUUAGUUUUGAUCCCGACUUGCAUAGGUUCACAUAUACUUAUUCUCUGAACAUCUUUUCAAACUUGAUAAGAUGGGUCGCCGGAGAGUUUAACAUUCCAAUUAUUACCACCAAUUCAGUAACCUACUGGCAAAAUUACGCUGAGCCGGAUUCAUCGCCCCUGAAAAGACUGUCGUCUGUAAAACCAACACUGGGAACAUACUGGCACUCUGUUCCUAAUAGUAGAUUACUAUUAGAAAAUACGAAGUCUGAAGGUAGGAAGAUUACAGUGUGGAAAAGCUCUCAUCUACCGUCAGGUUCGACUUGUUAUAUUCGAAUAACCAACGCUGGUGUCGUGUAACUUUGUCUCUUAUCUCGUGUCUUUUUUUAUAAAGUUUUAUAACUUAUUAUUGUUAAAAAAAAAAAUGUAUAAAUCCUUGGUUCGUCACUGAAUAAAAAGUAAAAGUGUCGACAAUGAA